AUGAAGAUGAUGCUCAGGUCACUCACCCUUCUUGUGGCCGGCGCUGCGAGUGCCUUGGCCGGCUUCGGCGCCAAGGCCUCGGGCCGGGGCGGCGGCGUGGUUACCGAGACGUGGAAUAUCGAAUGGUUAGACGCGGCGCCUGACGGCACGGCCCGCCCGGUCAUAGGCAUCAACGGCCAAUGGCCGUGCCCUCCCUUGAACGUUAAUAUUGGCGACAAGGUUGUGAUCCACGUCAACAACAACCUCGGGAACCAGACUACCGACAUCCACUGGCACGGUCUCUUCCACGAAGGUAGCCCCCACAUGGACGGGGCCACCCAGGUAUCCCAGUGCGCUAUUCCCCCUGGUCGCAGCUUCACAUACGAGUUCUAUGUCAACCAACCCGGCACGUACUGGUACCAUGCCCACGUUGGCGCUCAGUAUUCGGAUGGUCUUCGUGGUCCCAUGAUUGUCCAUGACCCUCAGGAUCCCUUUAUCGGAAAGUACGAUGAAGAGGUUCUCCUCACUCUCUCCGAUUGGUACCACAAGGAAAGCCCUGUCCUCCUCAAGCAGCUCUUCGAUCAAGCGAAUGUACAAAGCCGACCUCCUCUCCCCGAGGCUGGCCUGAUCAAUGAUGGCCAAGGUUCCACCUACAAGUUCGUUGCCGGAAAGAAGUACAAGUUCCGCGUUAUCAACCUGUCCGCUCUCACCGACGUGAUCCUCAGCAUCGAUGGCCAUCUACUCACCAUUGUCGAGGUUGACGGUGUCUACACACAACCUGCCGACGCCGAGCAGAUCAACAUCACCCCUGGACAGCGAUACUCCGUUAUUGUCGAAGCCAAGUCUGACGCCGAGUCCAACUACGCCAUCAACGCCGUCUUCAACUCCAACCCCAAUCUUUUUGCCCCUAACCCCCAGGUCGGCUUCAAGGUCAACGCCACUGGUGCCAUCGAGUACAGCGCUGACUUCGGCGUGCCUGCUCCCACUUUUGUGGACAAGUUCAACAUCUUUGAUGACAUGUGGCUCCAGCCCUAUGACCUAGAGUCCGUUCUCGGUGAGCCCGACCAGCAAUUCGUCAUGGGCUUCAAUAUGGGUCUCGAUGGCGAGGGUAUUCCUCGUGCCUUCAUCGACGGUGUCAGCUACGUGCACCAGAAGACUCCCACCCUCUACACUGCCCUCACUGUUGGAGAAGACGCUCUAAGCCCCGAGGUCUACGGCCAGAUCAACGCCAAAGUUAUCAACAGCGGAGAGAUCAUUGAAAUCAUUCUCAACAACGAGGGACAGGCCCACCACCCCUUCCACCUCCACGGCCACAACUUCCAGGUUCUCAACCGUGCGGUUGUUGGAAGCGGCGCUUUUAAAGGCUGGGAUGAGCCGUUGCCCGAGGCUCCCCUCCGUCGCGACACCAUUGAUGUUUAUGCUGGCGCGUCUGUCCGCAUCCGAUUCCGCGCCGACAACCCUGGUGUUUGGCUCUUCCACUGCCAUCUUGAGUGGCAUGUGCCCAUGGGUCUCACAGCUACCUUUAUCGAGUCGCCUCUUGAACUCCAGAAGUCUCUUUCCAACCUUCCCAAGGCACACCUCGAGCUCUGCCAGGAGCAGUGCUUGCCUGUGUCUGGCAACUGCGCUGGAAACAGGUUUGACCACUUUGACUUGACGGGUGCCAUGAGUCCCGAGCACGUCCCCACGGAAGGGGCUAUUUGGACCAACGGUGCAUGUGGCACCAAUGGCGCCGAUGGCACCGAUGGCGAGGACGGCGCUGAUGGUGCCGAUGGUGCCGAUGGAGCGGAUGGUGCUGAUGGAGAGGAUGGUGCUUAA